AGUUUUGAGUUGAAUUUUUCAGUCACCAACAACAACCGUUAACCACACAACACAACAAACCAAACAUAACCCUCUUACGUUUCACUUUUUGUUCAUUCUUAUUUGUUUCAAUUCUUUUUCUUGUUACUUUCCCAAUUUUGGUUUCUCUAAUGGAGUCUAAGGUUCUUAGAGCUACCAUUACCUACAAACCUUCAACACCCUUUUCUUCUUUUCAUCUAACAACUCGACCCUCUUUUUUUUCUUUCCAACCCAUUGCAUUUUUCCCCCAAAAAUUCAAUCUUUCUGUUAAGGCACAUGCUGCUUCUUCUAUUGGAUCAGUGUCAACAAAGAAAAGGAUUGAUGGAAGUGAUAACUUGACACUUGAUCAUAUAAGACAUUCAUUGAUUCGUCAAGAGGAUAGCAUAAUAUUUUCCCUUUUGGAGCGAGCGCAAUAUUGUUACAAUGAAGAUACUUAUGACCCUGACGCCUUCUCCAUGGAUGGAUUUCAUGGCUCUUUGGUUGAAUACAUGGUUAGGGAAACUGAGAAGCUUCAUGCUAAGGUUGGUAGAUACAAGAGCCCCGAUGAACAUCCAUUCUUUCCUGCCGGUCUACCCGAACCGUUGUUACCGCCAUUGCAAUACCCUCAGGUGUUGCACCCUGUUGCUGAAUCAAUAAAUAUAAAUGAUAAAGUAUGGAGUGUAUACUUCAGAGUUCUUAUUCCACAAUUAGUCAAAGAAGGAGAUGAUGGUAACUUGGGAUCCUCUUCUGUUUGUGAUGUAAUGUGUUUGCAGGCUCUCUCAAAGAGAAUCCAUUAUGGAAAAUUUGUAGCUGAGGCAAAAUUUCAAGCUGCUCCAGAUUCAUAUAAAGCUGCUAUUAUAGCACAGGACAAGGAUAAGUUGAUGGAAUUGCUUACAUAUCCUGAAGUUGAAGAAGCAAUUAAAAGGAGAGUAGAAAUGAAAGCCAAAACUUAUGGACAAGAAGUGAUUAUAAAUAUGAAGGAACAAAGAGCUGAGCCAGUGUACAAAAUAAAUCCAAGGUUGGUUGCUGAUUUGUAUAGUGAUUGGAUCAUGCCAUUGACAAAAGAAGUUCAAGUUGCAUAUUUGUUAAGGAAGUUAGAUUAAACAGAACAUACACCUGCUUUUUUUUUUCUUUCCAAUUACAAUGUUCAUAUAGUGUUUAUCUUUUCCAAAGUAAUGAUGCUUGCAAUGAAUGUCUCUUAAGUAUACAAUGGUUGAAUUUAUUUGAAUUAUAUGACUAUAAAUUCUAGCUUAUGUCAUUAACAUAUGAGGAAGUUGAUAUUGUUUUCUUAUAUACAAUUCAUGACUAUAUUAAGGAA